ACAAAGGCCUACUCGUGUAAAACAGGUACCUAUUUACCUAAAGCUUUCCGAUUGUUCGUACGUACAUUUCCUUCGAUCUCUGUUGCCUGAAAAGUGAAAAAAUGGAACCGGUAGCACCGUCAUCUCUGAAAUUUUCUGUGCGGCGUCGCCGGCCGGAAUUGAUUGUGCCGGCGAAGCCAACGCCUUGUGAAGUGAAGAAACUUUCAGACAUAGAUGACCAAGAAGGGCUACGGUUUCAAUUUUCAUUUAUAAUGUUUUAUCGCAGUGAACCUUCCAUGAAAGGAAAGGACCCUGCAAAUAUCAUCAGAGAAGCACUAGGUGAAGCACUAGUGUUUUACUACCCAUUUGCAGGUAGGAUUAUUCAAGGUCCUAACAGGAAACUUAUGGUGGAUUGCAAUGGACAAGGGAUCUUGUUCAUUGAAGCUGAUGCUGAUAUUACAAUUGAACAGCUCGGUGACUCAAUGCAGCCUCCUUGUCCUUGCAUUGAAGACCUUCUUUAUGAUGUUCCUGGUUCUGCUGGUAUUCUUGGAUGUCCUUUGUUGUUGAUUCAGGUGACUCGUUUGGCAUGUGGAGGAUUUGUUUUGGCAAUACGUUUAAACCACACCAUGAGUGACAGUUUAGGAUUAGCAAAAUUCUUGAUGGCAACUGCAGAAAUCGCAAGAGGAGCAAGAACACCGUCCUUAUUCCCUGUUUGGCGAAGGGAAAUCUUAAAUGCACGAGACCCACCCCACGUGACACAUGUACAUCACGAGUACGAGGAGAUUCCAAUAAACGACACAAAUAAAAACUCCGUAAUGACUUUGGACCUACCAAACAUGGCCCAUCUAUCAUUCUUCUUCGGUCCCCGUGAAAUGAGAUCCUUAAGGAGCCAUCUUCCUCCACACCUAAGGAAAUGCUCAACUUUUGAACUGCUCACGGCGUGUUUGUGGAAAUGCCGCACAAUUGCACUUGAACUUGAUCCUGAUGAGAUCGUUCGUCUCUUAUGUGUGAUAAACCUCAGAGGCAAGCAAAACCAACUAAAAGUGCCAAAUGGAUACUAUGGCAAUGCUUUUGCCUUCCCUGCGGCGCUUUCAACGGCUGGAGAAUUGUGUAAAAAUCCAUUAGAAUAUGCAAUUGAGUCGAUAAGGAAAGCCAAGAACCUAAUGAGUGAAGAGUACAUAAGGUCAGUAGCAGAUUUGAUGGUGAUUAAAGGGCGACCACAUUAUACUACAGUUUGGAACUUUCUUGUUGCUGAUACUACUUGGGCUGGGCUUGUAGAAGUUGAUUUUGGAUGGGGAAAGCCACUUUUUGGAGGGCCUAUCGGGGCAUUGCCCUAUAGAAGUUUCUUUAGUCGGUUCAAAAAUAGCAACGGCGAGUAUGGGAUUGUAGUACCUAUAUUGUUGCCACGGCCAGUCAUGAAAAGGUUUCAAGAUGAGCUCAUGAAAAUGAUUAGUGAGGAAUCCAUGGACGAUUUCUAUAAUAUCAGGUGCCCAAGAAUCCAAUCCAUGCUUUAAAUGUUCUUCUUCGCUGGUUAUUGAAGAGACCUUAUUCUAUUGCUGCCUUUGAUCUCCACCGCUACGAGAAAUAAGCAUUGGACUACCAAGUUAUUAAAAAUCUAAUAAUAGCUUACCAAUGAGCUUUUAAGCUAGUAGUACUGAACUAUUUCUAGAGUUAUCGACUCCAACUUUUAAUUGGGUUAAUUACAUGUAAAAGAAAAUUUCUGUUGGCUUGAAGUUUGAACUACUAUCUCAGGUAUUUUAUUUAGUUUAGCAGUUGUAGUGGAUUGAUAAUCAGCCAUGAACAAAUAUAAGUGUUGAAAUUAUUACUUUGUAACUUUUAAUGCAUCAUUAAUAUUGUUUGGAUA